AGGCUCAUAACGACGAGGGCUGUGAAUCCUCCUAAGAAGUUAUCCCGGGAGAUAAUGUGUUAUUUUUUUUCAUCCCAUGCAAAGCGUUAGUUUGCAUCUUUACCAGGAGGGAAAUGAACAGUCGUGUUUCAGAGCGUGAGAAACGUCUUGGAGUGACUGUGUUGGCGCUUUAACUGUGUUAAUCGGAGUUUUUUCAUCUCUGGGGGUGGAUCUUCCCCAGAAGUGAAACCUAACUGACAUCUUUAAGAGCCCCCUCCUUACCUGCUUUAUUCUCGCGCGCUUCACGCAUCACAUCUGCCCUCGGAACUUGUUGAAGUGCCGUGAUGUCUGCUCCGUAUCCGUAUGCGCAGCCGCAAGGCAUGGUCAUCCACCAGCAGGGUCCAUAUCAGCAACCGCAUGGCAUGGUCAUGCAGCAGCAGCCCACCCAGAUCAUGACGGUCACCUCCACCAAUCAGAGCCCGGGGACAUGGAGCACCGGCCUGUGCGACUGCUGCUCGGAUAUGGGCACCUGCUGCUGCGGGAUGUGGUGCUUCCCCUGCAUGCAGUGUCAGACGGCCGGGGACUUCGGCUGGUGCUGCUGCAUGCCGGUGCUGGACUUCUGCUGCGUGGUGUCCUGCUGUCUGCGCUCCUCCAUCCGGGAGCGUUACAACAUCCCUGGAUCGUGCUGCGAUGACUUCUGCAAGAUCCUGUGGUGCUACACCUGCACCUGGUGCCAGAUGAACCGGGAGAUGAAGAUCCGGCUCAAGCAGCAGCCCGCCACCCACUCAGUGGUCACCACGCAGGUCAUCAGGGGCUGAGCUUGCACAGUCAGCAACGUUUAGUUCUCAAUGUUGUAAUAAAGGUAAAAACAUUUCACUUGGAGUCGGUGCUUCGAAAACGUUGCAGUUUGUAAUUAGCUGUUUUAUACAAUUAACAUGGAAAAUCUUGAUUUGAAAGUUUCUGUUAAAACCAAAUGUUGUAAUUCCCCUUUUCUAUUCGGUUUGUGAUCAGUUCUGUCAAUAAAAGGUUUCUCUUUCCUGUCACAUGGUCGUGUUUCUGCCUUCUCAUUACCCCCCGUCAUGACGUGAAAUGUGUUUAAUGAAAGAUGUUAGACUUUUUCUGUCUGAAGGAAUUAGGUUUUUGAAGAUGAUUAGAAAUGAAAGACCCAUUUCGUCUGGAAGUAUGCGGCCGUCAAGUUUUACAUAUUGGGCUUUCCGUGCAUGGGGUCACGAUUUGCAUUCAGUGUGAGUAAUAUACAGACGUGACAACACAGACAGAUGUGGGGAAAAUAAUGAAAAAUGCACUUUUCAGUGACGUAACAGCUUGAAUUUGGCACUGGUAAAGGUUUCAAAACCCUCAUCAGUCUUCGUUUCUCUUAAAUCACCCUUUUUUCAAACACUGCAAACUAUUUUAGAUUGGAAAUUUUUGUGGUUUUCAUUUACAAAGUCAUGAUUUCCAUUCAGGUGUUUGUCACAUAUCACCCCUGUUAUGGUUAUGCAAAGCUGAACAAGUCUGACCCCUGUAAGACUGUAAAAUAUCUAAUCAAGUACAACAUGAUUAGCAACAUUUAUUUCCAAAAAGGAAAUGCGUAUAUGGAUUUUGUCCUGAGCUCUGGUCAGUUUGGGCUACCUCUUUCUUCUCAGGUUCAAUAAAAUACCAGCUUCUUCUCACCUC